CCUCUUUUUUUUUUUAGUCUGGGAGCCGGCGGCUUUCUUUCCCCUGGAUUUUAAAACAGUAGCUGAAGAAUAAAAGGGAAAAUAAUAAUUACACAUCUAACCGAAGCGGGUGAGGAGCCACGACUUGUCGCCGAUAAUCAGGACCGAUUAACUCUCGGGGUUUGAGGCGCAUUUCUUUCGUCCUCCUUAGGACAAAGCGUCCGUUGGUCGCGCGGACUGAGCGGCGGCGCGAGCCGGGAGGUGGCUUUUAAAUUCCCCUCUUUGAAGGAAUGAAGCCUUGAGCCGUCGGCUGUCAGUAACCCUGGGGCCGCAAUCACUGACUCACUCACUGCCCGUCGCCUUCUGAUUACUAUUAUUGUACAUUGAUCCUGGUUGGACAUGGCCGCUUCCUUCUGCCUGCUCUUUCUUGGGAUCCAGGCCGCCCUGAUGAGCGCCGUGGCUGAAGAUAUUGAAGAAGCAUUCCUACAAAAGAAGAUCUUUGCCCUUUUUUUCCUGCAAAUUGCAAGAGAAAUAUAAAACAGAAAUGGACACAAGCAAGCAGAAAGUCUUUGAAACAGAAUGUUGUAAAAGUUUCUGCUAAGACUAAGAAGCCACAAGUGUUAUAGAAAGCUGCCCAGAGUGGUGAGAGGCUUUGUGCCUUUAGAGACUCCGAGGUGCAAGGCAUCAGUGAGGAACGCAUUAACCGGGAUAAUGGCACUGUCUUGUGUGAGAAAGGAAGUCAGUGUUAUGGACUGUGGGAAAAGAUGCGGGAUGGUGGGGUCCGCAUGAUGAAACAAGGCUGCUGGGCUCACGUUGGAGAUAAGGAGGACUGCUACUCUCCUGAGUGCGUGGUAACAAAUCACAGACAGAACGGGACUUUCCGCUUCUGCUGCUGUAGUACCGACAUGUGCAACGUCAACUUCACUGAGAACUUUGACCCAUUGCCUGACCCAACGGGAUCGGUAACACCCAGUACUUGGAGACCACACUACAAGGAGGAGACAAUUGUAAUUGCUUUGGCAUCGGUGUCCGUUGUCGCUGUCUUGAUUGCAGCUUUCUUCUUUGGGUAUAGAAUGCUUGCAGGAGACAGGAAGCAUGGACUUCACAGCAUGAACAUGAUGGAGGCUGCACCCUCUGAACCUUCCCUGGAUUUGGACAGCCUCAAGUUGCUUGAAGUGAUUGGCCGGGGUCGGUAUGGUGCAGUGUAUAAAGGGUCAUUGAACGAACGCCCAGUUGCUGUGAAAAUCUUCAGUGCCUCAAACCGUCAGAACUAUAUCAACGAGAGAGAUAUAUAUAGGCUCCCGCUGAUGGAGCAUGAGAACAUUGCACGUUUCAUUGUGGGUGAAGAAAGAAUAUCGAGUGACAGCAGAACGGAGUAUAUGCUGGUGAUGGAGUACUAUCCCAAUGGUUCAUUGUGCAAGUACCUGAGUCUGCACAGCAGUGAUUGGGUUAGUUCCUGCCGACUGGCACAUUCUAUCACCAAGGGCCUCGCCUACCUUCACACAGAACUGCUACGAGCUGAUCAGUAUAAGUCAGCCAUCACACACCGGGACCUCAACAGCCGGAAUGUGCUGGUGAAGAACGAUGGAACAUGCGCCAUCAGUGACUUUGGCCUCUCCAUGAAACUGACCGGCAAUCGACUGGUUCGACCAGGAGAGGAGGAUACUGCAGCCAUCAGUGAGGUUGGCACAAUCCGUUACAUGGCACCUGAGGUGCUGGAGGGGGCCGUAAAUCUGCGGGACUGUGCAUCCGCUCUCAAGCAGGUGGAUAUGUAUGCACUGGGCCUCAUUUACUGGGAAAUAUUUAUGAAGUGCACAGAUCUUUUCCCAGGAGAGUCAGUUCCCGACUACCAGAUGGCAUUUCAAGCAGAGGUGGGGAACCAUCCGACCUUCGAGGAUAUGCAGCAUUUGGUCUCCAGGGAGAAGCAACGGCCCAAAUUUCCUGAAGCUUGGAAAGAGAACAGCCUGGCUGUCCGGUCAUUGAAGGAAACAAUGGACGACUGCUGGGACCAGGAUGCAGAGGCUCGGCUCACAGCCCAGUGUGCAGAAGAGAGGAUGGCAGAGCUCAUGGUUAUGUGGGAUCGAAACAAGUCCGUGAGUCCCACAGUCAAUCCCAUGUCACAAUUUACGACAACAGCCAUGCAGAAUGAACGGAACCUUUCACACAGUCGGCGGGUGCCAAAGAUGGGUCCCUACCCAGAUUAUUCGUCGUCCUCAUACAUUGAAGACUCCCUUCACCACUCUGAAGGAAUGGUGAAAAACAUCUCCACGGACAACUCCACGUCCGGUACCCCGUCAACUACCAGUGAGAAGAACCGCAAUUCCAUCAACUACGAAAGGCAGCAGGCUCAGGCUCGCAUCCCCAGCCCGGAAACUAGUGUUACCAGCUUGUCGGCAACGACCACCACCACGAACACAGCAGGCCUUACCCCCAGCACCGCCAUGUCCACCAUAUCGGAAACACAAUACUCUGAGGACACUAACAUGCAGGCAGGCAACUUGCUGCCACCCUUGGGCCCCACUCCAGUGUGUCUGCAGCUGACUGAAGAAGACCUGGAGACUAACAAGUUAGACCCUAAAGAGGUGGACAAGAACCUCAAAGAGAGCUCAGAUGAAAACUUGAUGGAGCACUCCCUCAAGCAGUUCAGCGGGCCGGAUCCUCUCAGUGGAAGCAAUCCCAGUUUGCUGUACCCUCUAAUCAAGCUGGCAGCUGAAGUAACCGGGCACCAAGAUUUCUCCCAGCCUAGCACCAGCCAGGCGUGCUUGAUCCCCGACAUCCCAGCCACUCAAAUGUACCCCCUCCCCAAGCAACAGAACAUCCCCAAGCGACCCACCAGCCUCCCACUGAACACUAAAAACGUAGCCAAGGAAUCACGGCUGAAGUUCAGCAGCAAGCACAAGUCAAAUCUUAAGCAGGUGGAGACAGGAGUGGCAAAAAUGAACACUAUAAAUGCGGGUGAGCCCCAAGUGGUAACUGUCACAGCGAAUGGCAUUGCCGGAAGAUGCCAUGCAGGAAACCCACACCCAGUGGUCAAGCAGUAUGUCAAUGGUUCGGUAUCCGGUCCUCAGACAUCCAAUGCUUCAAGCCACCGGGGCCAUGAGACCCUCCAGUCCCAGUUUAGUGGGGAGGACAGCAGAGUGAACAUAAACUCCAGCCCAGAUGAGCACGAGCCACUCCUGAGGAGGGAGCAACAGGCCACGCAUGACGACAUUAUUACCGAGCGGUUAAUGGACAGGAGAGACCGCCCACUUGAUCAAGGGCGGACAAACUCCAACAACAACAACAACAGCAACCAGUGUGGCGUAGCAGAUGGCACAUUGGCUAGUGGCCAGGAUCACCCAACGGCACCAGUAGCACGACGGCAAGGGAGGAGAGCUGAGCGGCCAAACUCACUCGAUCUUUCAUCAGCCAAAAUUUUGGACAGCUGUAGUAUGCAAUGUGAGACGACGCGGGAGAACAAGCAGGCUUCCUCCGGGGACAAGAUAAAGAAGCGAGUUAAAACUCCGUACUCCCUAAAGAGAUGGCGGCCUUCUACAUGGGUUAUUUCAACAGAACCCAUCGAUGGCGAGGUCAACAACAGUGGUGCAGUGGGGCGCUCAAAAUCUAGCACCACCGUUUACCUGGUCGGGGGUGGCAGUGGGGGCACUGCCACAGCAACGGUCGGCAGGGAAACGGGAGUGAACUGCCUGUGAAUCUUUGACUUUUACUUUGUACUUAGUAAUGAGAGAGAGAGAAGAAACAAAUAUAAAUGGACAGCUAUUCCACCCUAAACCACCCCACCCUGACUGCCCCUUCCCCAAUUGAGACUUGCUUUAGAGAUCAGCUAUGCAGCAGAAGCUUAGAAUAUCUAAUAUUUGAGAGCUUUUUUUUGUUUUUUUCCUCUUGUUGCACUUUUUUUGGAAAGGAAAAGAGAAUCUUUAAGUGAAGUCUAGGCUGAGGCAAGCACUGUGAAGAGUCUCACAGGGGUUUCAGUAAAAUAAGCAGCACACAACUUUGUCAUUCCUGAUUAUGGAUCAGCUGCCUCCCCCCUCUGAGAUAAUACAAUUGGGUCCUUGAGGCAUGUUUAACUAAUGCUGAGCAAUGUGACAAACCCUUGUGUCGUUUUCUUUUGUCUUUCCUUUGAUGCCUUUUCUGCAGACAUUCUGAUUCUGUUACUGGCUUAUGAAACAUACAGUAUCCUUUUUUUAAAAAACAGAAACUUUGUUGGAAUGUGCAAUAGGCUUAGCUUAGUAAUGCUUUUGAAAAAAGAAAAUGAUUAUUAUUUAAAAGUUGCGUCUCUGUAUAUCACUGAAGGUUGCUGGUAGUGCAUGGACUGGUGGUGACCUUGUUUUUCUUCACUACCACCCUCCCACCCCCCACCCCCACCCCAACCCCACUGCUGCUGAAAGCCUUGGCUGGUCCAGUAUGCAUGGUACCCAAAUGUGGAAAAAAUGGCGGCACACACCUUCCCUACCUCCCUAUAGAAUUCCCAAUAGCCCUUAGUCCCCACAAGUAUCUGACCCUUAAGUACACAUCUAAUAUUAAUGGACCAAGCAGUUAAACUCGAAACUCUAAACCCUAUACAAAAGCAUUUGCAUUUGAUGCUGGUGCUACAUUGCUUUUGGAGCUUUUAGUGCUGGAUCUUCUUCAGCACCAAUCUUUUUUGCACCAUUUUCUCAUGCCUUAUUGAGAGGGUGGAUCCAAGCAAACUAGGUGAUGUAUUGAAUUAGACACUAGUUUUUUCACCUCUGGGGCAUGGGCUCAAAUCCAAUCCUGAAUCGCCUCUUCUGAUUGUUGGCUGUAAGCCUCUUUCCAAGGGUGAGGUCAGGCAGUCUUAAUCCAGCUCCUAGUUGUCAUGGACUCGCUGUACAAAAUUGCUCCUAAUUGGGAAUAAACUCAUAAUCAACACUACACCCUUUAUACCUUGGGCUUUUACAAAAGGAAAGGGAAGGGGGCAGGAUUCUCUUUUUGAUUUGAGAUCUGUUUGAAGUUUGCUGCACUGAAUUUUUGCUUGCUUUAAACUCGUGUGCUGUAGCUUCUCCAAAUUGUGUUUAGAAUAUAGCUGACCAUUUGGACCUUUUGCUUCAGAAGUGGACUGGGGCAUGGAAAGAGGAGUGGAGCAAACUUGGAUUACAUGGGUUAGGACGAAACAUAGCCACUUGUUUGUGUUCAUUUGAAACCUUGUUUGUCAGGAUUGUUGGAAUUACGUGGGCUAUAAAAUGGUCUCCUCUGUUAAUUGUUCAAGUCUAGAGUAGCCUGUUUAUAGGACAAUUGACUCAUGCCAAUGGUCAGUAUGUACCCUCAGUCAGAAUGCUGAAUAUAAAUAACAGGUGAGUGAAAUUCAUUGCCCUGAAUCAUGCAUAGAUUUGAAACUUACAAUGGGAAAUGUUGGCCAUAUCAAACUAGUAAAAUAAGCAGUUUUAAUAAUUUAGCCCAGCUCAGUGUAUACAUACAGAUGUCACUUUAUGGUUACCUAACAGAGGCUCAUUUGGUCAGUGCACUGAGCCAUACAUACCUUGCAGGGCUAGAUUUAAUCACCAGGCCUGAGCCCAGUCUCUGAUCUCAGAGGAUUUAGCAGUUUGGCUACUGCAUUUGAAUCCCGCUUUUAACUGCUAUUUAGUGAUCAAAUAACUGGAAGGCAUCAUGUAAGUACCAGAGUAAGUUGGUCACUGAUGCCCUCCAUUGAGAAAUAGCACUUACUAGUCUGGUAUGCAAAGAAUGCUCCCUGGAGUGAGAUACCAAAGGUCAGCUGGGUCCUACAGUCAAGACAGGGGAACAAGGGGAAAAAAAUUAAACCCUCAAUGGAAGUAUUUAUAUCAUGCACAGUCAUGUCCAGUCCACUCCAGUGGUGUGCUUAAUGUUAUUUCUCCUUCACAUCAUUGCCCAUGCCUAGCACUGCUUGGACAAAGUUACUCCUUUCAUGUUUCCAAUAUAGUGCUGGUUAGCAGCAGGGUGAAGUAAGGAGGGAGGGGUGCCUCUAGUGGGGUGGGUGGGAGAAUUGAUUCUUACUGGCUUGGACUAUUACCCAGUCUGAAACAUAGCAGAAGCCCACUUAUUUAUUGACCCCCUCAGGGUAGCAAGCCUUUCAGCAAGAGUGAGAAAUCAAAAACUUGCUCCGAGAGUAUCAAGCCAGGUAUCCUGAAAUAUCAGCUGUAACUAAUCUGCUGAUUGUGUGUGACCACAGUUAAAAACCCCAAAGGAGCUUUUUAAUGUUGCGAAUGCUGAAAACCUGAAAUGUAAACAGAAUAUUCUAGAAAUCCACAGGAGGCCUGUUGCCAGUCAAGAGAAAAGACAGGUGAACGCUUUGAGUUGGGGCCCUUCCCAGUCCUUUGUCCUUUUUCAUUGCUGAUGGACCUGCCGUGCAGUUAGCUUUCUGUACAAUGUGCCAGUUUCAGGCUGAGCUCAAUCCAGUCAUUGUCUCUGCCAUUUUGACAAUCUUUUUUUGGUGGGGAUGGUAGGGGAGGGAAUAGAUUUUGCUUUCAGUAGGAAAGUUUAAUUCUAGAUCACAGCAGAAAUCCCUGUUAAAACACUAAGGAUCCAAGGUUAAGUGGGUGCAGAAAGCAUUUUAAUCAAAGACACUUGUCAAGUUCUGCAUCAAACUGAAUGUCAGUUAUUUGGAUAUAAGGAUUAGACCUUAAGGGGCUAUCCUGUCCUGCUUAUAACUAGUAUGCAGACAGCAGUUGAACCAGCUAGAGAAGUGAACAGGAAUGGCUGAGAGGCAAUUCCCCUUGUGGUUACCAACUAAGGACUGCAUACACCUGAUUGGCUAAGUUUAUUACGGUUCUGGAGUUUGACGCCCGGCCCUCUGUUUAACUCAGCCGAGCCUCUGGGUGGAGUUGGGCAAAUCAGCUGGAAUGCACCUAAAUGUGAAAACAGAGUUGGCUUUGGGGCUUGGAUGCCCCCUACAGUCAAACAUCUCACCAACACUCACUGUAUAAAUGUGUGUGUGUGGAACAUGACAAUCCUGGGUGAGUUACUGGAAGGCGAGCAAUGCUUGUGGAACUGUACCUCAGCAAGUGUUGGUGUCAUCAAUUAAGGAGGGAGAGUAAAUUUGGAAUGUGCUAGGGCAGGGGAUGUCUUUGAUUAGAAUAGGUAGUGGGAGACAUGCAUUACAUUUGGAGAGUAAAUUCAUUGUCAGCAGGUCCUGAAAAUAUUUCUUACAGCCCAGGGGCAGUUGUGUCUGGGUUUAUCCCAGCCAUGUACUGGAGACAGUGUCCAGACGCUGGAGAAUAGUGCAAAGACAUAUUAUAUCAGGUAACUUUAUUAAAUUAAAGGAUUGUAGAAUUGAUUAAUGACUAAAUACAGCCCCGUUAUUGAAAUAUACUGCAGCUUUGAAACUAUUACCCCAGGGCCAUCAAGUACUUUACAAACCUUGCUAUAUAAAUAUAUAAAUGUGUUAAUUAAUCUAACAUAACAGAACAUUAUAAGAGCAUUUUCAGUUAUAAUAUUGAGGUGCUAUUAGCAGUUGGAGUAUUUUAUAAUGUUAUUGAGAUUGAUAUUUUUUGUUUCUAUCCCCAUUACUGGUUGUGUAUAUCAGAGCACCGUGUGAGUCACUGCCCAGUGACUCAAAGUAAACUUCACGAAUUGUAACUUUUCUCACAGACUUUCCUCUCAGUGGCAGAUUCAGAAUUGAAAUCGCAGCCUUGGGAUGUCACCUCCAGUAAUGUUUAAUGAUGCAUCAGCCUGUGUCAUUUAAUAAUCCAAAACAAAAUGUUUUGACACCCUUGUCCACUCUUGGAUAGAUAUUGAUUGGGCAGAUGGGAUGUGUGUUUUGUAAAGUUUGUAAUGCAUGUUUAUUGUAAUGUUGAAUGUGUCUGAAUGAAGCUGUUCAAACUACUGUUCUCUUCAGAAUUAAUAAUUUAAAAAAGUCAGCUGGCACUGUAGGGACAACUGUAAACCACAACCUGUUUUCUAUAAGCGCUGUAAGUAAAUGCUUUGGUAACUCCAAGUUCCAAUAAUCAGAGAAGAACAAAGUUUACUCGUAUAGUUUGCUGACUUUUGAGGUGACUAGCUGGCUGUAAAAUCCUGCAUAUUAAAGAGUAUAUUCAUGACAAA